AUGUUGGCGUUAAUCCUUGGAGUUGUGACAAUUUUUUUGUACUACUGGUGGAAAUGGACUGCAAAGUUGAGGCGUUUGAAGGCUACAACAAAGUUACCUCCAAUAUACCCCGGAGCACUGCCAAUUCUUGGCCAUGCGCACUUGCUUGUUGGAAAUACUACACACCUUUGGAAUAUUCUGAAGAAGUUUACCAUGGCCUCGCUGGAAAGAGGGGGUGUUAUGUGCGGUUUCAUUGGAAGUGAUAUAUAUUAUUUAAUAUCAGAUCCAGAAGACAGCGUAACUGCUGCAAAUGCGUGUUUGCAAAAACAUUUCGCUUAUGAUUUCGGAAAACCUUGGAUGGGUGAAGGGCUUGUAUUGGCUUCAGGUCCAACCUGGAGACGUCAUCGUAAACUCCUGAAUCCAGCAUUCAAUCUUCAAGUACUCGACAGUUUUCUGGGAGUAUUUAAUGAGCAAGCCAGAAGACAAGUCAAACAUUUCGACGCUGAAGUCGGACGAGGUGAAUUCGAUCAUCUCGCUACCUUGAAGUAUAUAGCUUUAGAGACAGUGUGUUUAACGGCUUUUGGAAUCACGGCUGAUGAAGACAAGGAAUUUAACAAAUUAUAUAUGCAUUCAGUAGAUCAAAUCUUGAAUAUCAUUGCCUUGAGGUUCCAGAACUUUUGGUUACAAAGCGAAUUCAUCUAUAGUUUUACUGAUCUAAAGAAACGCGAGGAUCAAGUCGUCAAAGUUUUGAAUGCUAUGUCUAAUACCGUUAUUAAAAGAAAAAAAGAACAGCUAAAAACUAUACCACGUGCUGAAUGGGAGGAGCAAAGAAAAACUACAGGUAUAAAAUGCAAAGCUCUGAUGGACCUUCUGAUUGAACUAUCAGAAGAGAAUACUCUAACUGACAAAGAAAUUAGAGAAGAAGUUGAUACGGCAAUCGUAGCGUCAUACGAUACUACUUCCUGUCUUUUAGCUUAUAUCAUGAUGCUAUUGGGAACGUAUCCUGAAACUCAAGAAAAGAUGUAUAAUGAGAUGGUUGAAAUAUUUGAAGGCACAGACAGAGAUUUGAUGAAGGACGAUUUACCGAAGAUGGUUUACACUGAUGCCGUCAUCAAAGAGACAUUGAGAUUAUAUCCGACUGCACCUGUGGUCUUACGAUACGUUGACAAAGAUGUACAGCUGAAGGAUUACGUGAUGCCUGCUGGCAGUCAAUGUGCGUUACUCAUCUACGGUGUCCAUUACCAUCCCAGCUGGGGCCCAGAUGUUGAAAAAUUCAGGCCGGAGCGUUGGCUCGACCCUAACAAUGUGCCAAACCCUAACAUGUUUGCUGGAUUCAGUAUUGGGAAGAGAGCUUGCAUGGGGCGAACAUUUGCAACUUUAUCCAUGAAGACUACUCUCUCUCACGUGCUCCGACGGUUCAAGAUCACAGCAGACAUCAGCCAGCUGAAACUCAAGAUCGACUUUUUGCUCAAACCAGUCUCGGGGUCAUUGAUUAGCAUAGAGAGGAGAGACUAG